AUGUCGGAGAGCACGUACUUUAAACUAGACUUGAUUAAAACUAUUACAGGCGAUUUUGCAGAUGAGCGAAUGGUUGGCAGUGGUGGGUUUGGAGUUGUUUACAGGGGCACGUAUGAUGGGCAAGAUAUUGCUGUGAAGAAGCUUCAUCCCCUGCAAGGACUUGAUGACAAGGCGUUUGACAUUGAAUUCCGUAGCCUUAGCAAGAUCAAUCAUCCAAAUGUUGUUCGGUUAAUUGGCUACUGCCACGAAGCACACCAUCAUUCGAAAGCUGUGAUACUUGGCCAGCAGCAGAGCUCUGACUCCAACAUUCUUGCUGUCGAUCCAACCCUGGAGCUGCGCUUCUUAUUCGAACUAAGGAAGGACAUAUCAUGCUGCCUUCAACUGACAAAUAAGACGGACGACUACAUUGCAUUUAACAUAAAGACCAAUAGAACCAAGUACUACGCAGAGCCAAACAUAGGAAUUAUGCCACCAUGUUCCAAGCGCUAUAUAUCUGUCACGUUGCGAGCACAGGAGGCGGCACCACCAAAUAUGCAGUGCCAUGACAUGCUCCUUGUACAGAGUGUUAAUGUCAGUGAGGGCUUGACAUCUGAUAAUGUCACCGAAGACUUCUUCAAACAAGUCAUGGUCGAGAAGGUGGUAGAUGUGGUGAAACUGCCGAUUGUUUACAUUACACGGGAUCAUUUUUCAUGCUAG